AGAGAAAGAGAGAGGGGGGAAAGUGUGUAUGUGUGUGUGUGGUAUAGAUGUAGAGGGAGAGAGUGAGAGAUAAAGAGAGAGAGAGAGAGAUUGCUCUUGUGCGCCGCUCUCCUCCCGGGAUGGAAAGUGUUUAGUAUCGAGCGCACCCGGUCCGCCCGGCACGCGAAUCCAGCUUUCUCCCUCUGACCGACGGCAAGACUCUCAAUAAGAAACAAGAAGAGACGCACAUGAAGGAUAAGUGAAGACGCUGCGUCACCGGCCCCGGAGUGAGGUAACGGCUCCACCUGACCAAUAAGGAAGAGGAACCGGGGACGUUGGAUUUUAUUUAUAAGGAGCCCUCAGAAAGCAGCGCGCUGCAGAGCGGAGAGGGAGAGGGAGGAGAGAGGAGCUGAGGAUGAUGCGGAGGGUAAACUGACAGUCAGGUUCACCGACCUUUUUCAUUUGCGGAGCAGCUGCAGAAAUCUUUGUAGAAUAAGUUCAUGACGCAACUUAAAAUAGACUUUUAGUGUGCCAGCUGAGACUUAUUUCUACUUUGAUUUCUCUUAUUUAAUUAAUGACAAAAGGAUCUCCUUCUGUCUAAUCCUUCUCAUCAUCCCUCCUCCGAUCCUUCGUCCCAACUUCUGUGCGAUGGACCGUCUGGAGAAAAGCUAAUAACAGGAGUCCCCGUCAGGACCCCUAGGCGUCCCUGUGCCCGCCUGCCAAAAACGUCUGCAUCUCCUGGACCCCCUCGAGGCAGGGGACAGCCAAAUGUCACUUGGACCCUCUACAGAGUGCUUACCGGGCAGCAUCGUAACAUGAAGUCAUGGAGGAGCGAAAGCUGAAGAGAAAGAGUCCCAGGUCCUCCACCAACCCAGCGGCUCCGACGGGUGGCUCUGGCCGGAAGAGCAGCGCUGCCUCCGGGGGAAGACACGUCGGAUACAGCCACAACACGGGGACUCACUCCAGCCAAAAGAGCAAGAAUAGGAGGGGAGCACGAGACAAACCCAGGUAUCAGCUGGGUGUGGGUGGGAAGGCUAGUCAGAGCCAGGGACAGGCAGCACCCAUCAUCCAGCACUCCUUCUUGACUGAUGUCUCAGACGUACAGGAGAUGGAGAAUGGCCUCCUCGGCCUCCUCAAUGACUUCCACUCAGGGAAACUCCAAGCGUUUGGUAACGAGUGCUCCAUUGGCCAGAUGGAGCAUGUGAGAGAGAUGCAGGAGAAGUUGGCACGAUUGCACUUUGAUCUUUAUGGUGAGGUGGAUGAAAUGCCUGAAGACCAGAGAAAAAUGGCCCGUGACACCAACAUGGACAAGUUACUUCUUAAUCUGGAAGAGCUCAGUUCUUCAAUUCAGAAGCUGAAUCUAGCAGACAGCCAGGAGAUCCCGAGGACUGCCAGCAUGUGAAAUUCUCCUCUCCUCUCCUCCUAUUCUCAACCACAUCUUGACUCAACUAUUUGUUUUACACUGCCUGGAGAGACUGCAAUAGAGAAGUGGAGUUGGAGCAAAGUUGUCGGCACUAUUUCGCAAAAAGUAUUUUGAAAUGGUAUCAAAGCUGUUCACCAGCGUUCCCUGUCUGUACAGGGUGGAGUGGAUGUAUUAUUAGAUGCACUGACUUUUUUUUAACAGAGUAUACCAGCUGUGUUGUGCUAAAUGCAGCUGAUAUUGAGAAGAAAAUGGUACCAGUCUUAUAUUACUAAACACCAAUAUUAGAAUAAUCCACUUACUGAUGUAUGGUUUAAUUUUAUCACCCUGUCUGACGUAUCAGAUACAGUAUAAUAUCUUUUAUCUACAGUCGAUGUUCUAUAGAGAGAGUUUUCAACACAUAUAAGACUGUAGGCUGCAUUCCUAUCGUGGUCUGUUUUUAAUAACCAAAGUGAUAUUUUGGCCAGCAGUUGAUUAAUUCACAAGUUCUCAAGUGUUCACUGUUUCACUUGUGAACUGAUGUCAGACUUUUAACAGUUAUUAGAUAUAAGAUCAUUCUUUUGCACUUUUGUCAAUCUGUGUCUUUGAACACACAAACUAAAGCCCCACUGCUAAAUUAAUAUAUAAUUACUUAUCACCACAGAGCUUUAAAAAUGAGUUUGAAUUUUUAGCUGUUAGGAAAAAAUGAACAUAUUUCCUGAUUAUAUUAAUGCAAAAUUAUAUUUAAAUGCAUAAUAGAUUCUGACCAAACUGUGCUGUGACCCCAGUUUGUGAGAGUGAAUGAGAGUUGCCUGAUAAUCACCUCCAACACAUUGUUCGGUGUUGAAUACAUUUGCACAUAUCCAUGCCACAUGCAAAACACAUCGUCACUGACGCUGCAAAAGACUGAGUAAUCCAAAUGUCGACGUCACGACUAUGCCUUAAUUCCUAAUUUAAUCAUCUUUGCCUUAUUAGUUUUAACCUUUUAAGUGACUUCCAUAAAACAUGUUGAUUUUAGUUUUUGGGUUUCUCUGAGCGCAGGAAGGAAAGAUAAUCAUUUUUAUGCUGUUUUGAUUGUAAAUCUUAUCCUAUUUUCACAUCUUAUUUUAACCAGUGUUGUUUGGGGGGUUGGGGUGUAAUGUUUGUUUAUUGAGGUGUUUUACUGUUUGAACUGUUUGGUGAUUUUUAUUUUUAUUGACUUAUUAAUAAAUGUGUUGUCUGGA